AUGUCUUCACAACCUCAUCCGAAGUACAUGGCCACCAUUGACCGCUACUAUAUUGAUACGCGGUCGCUGGUCCCAGCUCUGUCGAAGGCAGAACCAUCACCGCCUCUGCCGUUACUAUCGACGCUUCAGUUUUCUGACCAAGAAGCCGUUACCCGCUUCAUCCGCCCGGCGGAUCGUUUCAUGUCCCUCGCCAGCGCACUGCUGAAAUACACAUUCAUCCACAGGCGCGCCAAAGUACCCUGGUCGCACGUACAGAUCUCGAGGACUCCGCAUCCUCAUCGUCGGCCUUAUUGGGCCCCAACGGAGGAUUGGGAGCCCCCAGAGGAAGACACCGGCAGGAUUGGGGGUCUGGAAUUUAAUGUUUCGCAUCAAGCUGGUCUCGUUGCCAUUGUCGGCUGCGGCAUCCCAACAGCUCAACUGCCGACUCUAGAUGCUCACCAUAUUCCUCCUUCUGACUCUUCUACGCUCGUUGGCUCCUUCGACGGUUUGGAUUUGACGGGCCACCACACACUCAGUCUGGCGCCGGGCGAGGUCAGGUUGGGCGUCGACAUUGCCUGCACAAACGAAGACAAGCGCACUCCGCAAGAUAUAACAUCACAAGCGAAAUUUGACGAAUGGGUGGACAUUUUCGCCGAGAUGUUCUCAGAUCGCGAGCGGUGGAAUAUGCGCCAUGCGCCGAUCCACGUCCCCGUGGUUGAGCACGAAGAGGGCGACUACUGGGAUAGCGACAGCUCGUCAGCAGACACUGCAAAUGGAGAGGCGACGCUGGUCAGCCUCAAACUCCGCCGAUUCUACGCCUACUGGGCCCUCAAGGAGGCAUAUAUCAAAAUGGUCGGCGAGGGCCUAUUGGCAAAUUGGCUUCGCGAACUCGAGUUCCUGAACGUCGUGGCGCCGGCCUCGCCUGUUAAUCACCAAAACCGGCAUCAUAACCCAAAUUCAUCUCGGGCAUUAUCACCGUCACCCAACAAGCCACCACACGUGCAACACAACAACAGGCCACAUGUUGACGUUAUGAAGUGGACGUCGCCGGAGAGGGCUGAGCGAGGGACGACUACGCUCCUAUACGGGAGAAGGGUUGAAGACGUCGACGUCGAGCUAGUUGCGUACGAUGAGGACUUCAUACUCGCCACAGCUAUGCGAGGUGUAAAGGAACCAGAGCCAGGCGACAGACCAGGGGACAGAGCUCGGUGGAAGCGGUGGGUGAGGCUUGAUAUUGAGGAGGACAUCAGGCCUUGUGCAGAGGGAAGAUGUCGCUGUUUGGGGCAGCCGCCUGGGCCAACGAUACAAGCUAUGGCCCGAAAGGGAGACAAGUAG